GAGAGAGAGAGAGAGACGACUCAGCUGAGCUCAUAGGAAGCAGGGAAUCGGAGAAAGCUUCUUAUCCUAUUUUACAGGGGAACCAAACGUGUUUUGGUUCGUUAGACUCGUAUCGGUAAGAGCUUCAGGCUCGGCUGAUAUUGAUUUGGUAUUUUUGUGCGGUAUGUGAUGUGACAGAGGUAUAUUCCAGCAUCGCUGCUGUGAGGAUGGCAGGACGGAGCGGUGGCCUUUCGGAUCGCAGCUUAAAUGCCGCUUUGUUCGCCGUCCAGAAGUGGAUUGAUAUUUCAUUCAUGUGCAUCUGAAUUCAGUCUGUAUAAAGACCACGAGCGCAGCUCUUCAGCACCGCACACAGCACACAGCACCGCACCGAGUCCAAGGACUAGAGUUCUUUCUGAGAUGAAUCCUCCUCAGCUCUCUGCGGUGCUGGUGCUGAUGUUGGCCCAGAUGUGCGCGUCUUCUAUUGGUUGUCCUUCUGGGUGCCGCUGCUAUAGUUUGACUGUCGAAUGUGGAUCCAUUGGGCUCAAAGAGAUCCCUCAGGGCAUCACACACGGGACACAGACCAUCUUUCUACAGGACAAUGCUAUUGGACAGAUCCGUCAGCAGGAUCUAUCUGAUCUCGGCCAGCUGCACUACCUCUACCUGCAGAAUAACAGCAUCUCCACGCUGGAGGCCGGGGCCUUCAGAAACCUGGGCCUGCUCCUGGAGCUCGCGCUUAACGGAAACCGCAUCCACCUGAUCACAGCUGACGUGUUCCGCGGUCUGGACCACCUGCGCAUCCUCUACCUCGCAGGAAACCAGAUCACCCGACUGGAGGACUACACCUUCCGGGGACUGCAGCGGUUGCAGGAGCUGCAUCUGCAGGAGAAUUCAGUGGAGGUGUUGGGAGAUCAAGCUCUGGUGGGUCUGUCCUCUCUGGCUCUUCUGGACCUGAGCAGGAACAACCUGAGGACCCUGAGCCCCGCUUCACUCAAACCCCUCGUCAGCCUGCAAGUGCUGAGGGUCACAGAUAACCCGUGGCGCUGCGACUGCGCUCUGCACUGGCUGCGCGGCUGGAUAAAUGAAGAGGGUCAGAGGUUAUUAAGCUCAGCUGAGCGCCGGAUGCUGUGCACCGAACCUCCGCGUCUCUCCCAUCUCAGUCUGGUCGAGGUUCCUGCGAACAGCCUUGUUUGCAUCCCGCCCGUAGUGCAACUGGAGCCCAGCCACCUGACGGUUCGUUUGGGGGAGAGUUUACGUGUAUCCUGCCAGGCAUCCGGAUACCCACAGCCACAAGUCACCUGGAGGAAAGCGUCCCACGGAAAAGCCCAGCUGUCUCCAAGAGGUCUGGUGCAAGAGGUCGGGAUGGAUGGAGACACCAAGACUGGUGGGAGGUUGGUAACGGCCAGGCCUGGUGGAAAAGGAGGGCCGGCGAGUCGUGGCCCGAUCCGAGGAGGAACCGACGAUGGAGGCGACCGGGAAAGCUUCGAUCCUGAUACAGGAAGCGGGAUGCUGUUUCUCAGCAACAUCACGGUGGCUCAUGCUGGACGCUAUGAAUGCGAAGCCUGGAAUCCCGGCGGAGUGGCUCGGGUGACUUUUCACCUGUCAGUAAACGUGUCUUUGUCUUCGUCCCGUUCAGAAAUCUGGCCUCGACUGCAUUCCUCAUCUUACUAUCACCCUUCCUCGGUGGACGUGAGUCAGGAGCCGCUUUAUGAACUUGAAAGCAUGGACUUCAAUGCGCUGGGAACCGCGACCCAGACUGCCAUCGCUGUGGGAAUUUCUCUUUUGGCGUUGACGGCAUUGUUGCUUCUCUGCAUGAUUUACAGUCGCCACCGCCAACGGCAGAAAGAGGAAGAUGGAUAUGGUGCCAGCAAAGAGGAAAGCAUCCUCUAUGUCAACGACUACUCAGACGGUCCCACCACGUUCGCUCAACUUGAAGAGUACCGAGAUGAACGUGGCCACGAGAUGUAUGUGUUAAACCGCGCCAGACCUGUGCUGCCUUCUCCGCAGUCCUGCAACCAGCAGGGGUUGACGCUAAAAGCCAGUGAGUGCAUGCUGUCCCCAGAACGGGCACCAGGGAUCGGACCCCGCAGGCCUCCUGCAGAAGGAGGUGAAGGACCUCCGCUUGAUCCCGAAGGGUUGUUCAUGAACCAAAGCUUGCUGUUUGACACACAGAUCGCUUAUGAGAUCCACUGCUAA